CCAGCAAAGUGGCAGCCAUACCAAGUGAGGAAGAAAAACGACACCAAAUUAUACGAGCAUCUCCAUCUCCUCUCCCCUCGCGCAAAGGGAGGAGGGAGAGGCCAUCCACUCCACGGCGCCGAUCGAUCGGAGCAGCGGAGAGGACGGCGCGCGCGUCGGCGAUGCGGAAGGGCCCGUCGCGGUCGGGGUCGGCGCGGCACCAGCAGUUCCGCGCCCGUGCCAAGACCCGCGUCGACGACCUCCAGGACAUGUUCUCCGGCCUCCAGUACGCCCGCAAGGAGGCCCGCUCCACCGACGCCGUCCUCCUCGAGGCCCAGCUCCACCAGAUGCUCCGCGAGUGGCGCGCCGAGCUCAGCGUCCCGUCCCCCGCCUCCUCCCUCCAGGCAGGGAACAACAACCGGGACCCGUCGGAUCCGCCGUCCGAGACACCGCGGCCGCCGCAGCUGGCGCCGGCCGAGGAGGAGGACGACGCCACCAGCAAGCUCGUCGAGCAGAAGCCCCGGCCGUCCGCUAAUCAGACUCACAAGCACCCGCGGGGAGACCAGGACAUGAAGCCGGAGCCGCGCGAGGAAGCGAUCGCGCAUCCAGUGACGGUGGCGCAGCAGCCGCCGUCGCUGGGUCCGGGAGUCAUCACCACUCCAGCUAGUGCCGGGUUCCACGAUCAGAUGUACUAUGUGAACCAGGAGCUUAGUGUUGAGGAUUUUCUUUACGACGAUGAUUACAAGAUAAACCUUCCUGGGUCCAAUCCAGAAAUCCUCAAUAACCUUGAAGGGAUUGGUCAUCAAGAAUAUCUGCAGUUCAAUUUGCCACAAGAGUUGCCCCCUAAUGCAUAUCUUGAUAUGAACAACUAUGGGCAGAAUGCUGGAGAUGGUUUCCUCCACAUGUCAGACUUGCUCACAACAAUGUCUCCAGCACCUGCUUCAUUUCUGAGGCCAAAGUGCGCUCUCUGGGACUGCCCUCGUCCUGCUCAAGGAUCUGAAAGCUGGCAAGAUUACUGCAGCAUGUACCAUGCUGAAUUGGCCGUGAAGGAAGAGGGCCCUCCAGGCACAAUGCCUGUGAUCCGCCCGAGAGGUAUUGAUCUAAAAGAUGGCCCUUUGUUUGCUGCUCUUAGUGCGAAAAUCCAAGGAAAGCAUGUCGGUGUUCCUGUCUGUGAAGGGGCUGCAACUACGAAGUCCCCUUGGAAUGCACCUGAACUUUUCGACCUUUACAUCUUUGAAGGUGAAUCUAUGAGAGAAUGGCUUUUCUUUGACAAACCAAGAAGGGCAUUCGACAGUGGAAACCGGAAGCAAAGGUCACUGCCAGAUUACAACGGCCGUGGCUGGCAUGAAUCAAGGAAGCAGGUGAUGAAAGACUUUGGGGGUCUAAAGAGGUCAUACUACAUGGAUCCACAGCCAUCCAGCAGCUACGAAUGGCACCUCUAUGAGUACGAGAUCAAUGACCGCGACGCUUUUGCCUUAUACCGGCUCGAAUUCAAGUCUUCGGAAGCAAAGAAGAGUGCUAAGUCAAAAUUCACUUGCAGUCCACUGAUUGAAAUCCAGCAGCAAAUGGUCAGGCUGAGCGCAGACGGUCACGUGGAGAACAAGCGGACUGCCCGUGUGCGGACACAGGAUGUCAGCACAAACAUCUACCCGGUUCAGAACAACACGGCUCAGGCCAGUGCUCCGGACGCUUACCAGGCAGCGUCGCAGGUGGACCAGAUGACGUUUUUGAACGGCAGUGUUGUUUAUGGGCCUCAUCUCCCAUAUGGCUACUCGACCGAAGGAGGUGACUUCUAUUGGAACUCAAAUGACGGGGCUUGAUAAAACCAUCUUCGACUUGUGGCAUAUUUUCGGCUUCAAGUUCUAACCGUAUCAGCUGUAAUUAAGGGGUCUACUUUAUUGGCAAUGGCCUCCAUAAUUUCUAUUGGGAAUGGCCUCCGUGAUUCUAACUGUAAUGGUUGGGCCAAAUUUAAAUUUACAGGAAACGUCUCUUUGAGGCAAGGGGGGGACCCAUUCAUUGUGUCUGCGCCGCGUCCAGUGUCCUGAUAGUAGCAUCUCCUUGGUGCACAGCGCAUGAUGAGAGAUGGAUUACAACAUUUGAUAGGUGUCGACAUCUUUGGUUAGAGGUUUAUUGCCCAUUUGAUGGCUC